AUGCAAGGGAGUAUAAGAAGAAUUUAUGAACAAUUACGGAAUAGUGAAUUGUUGUCAUCUAGUGGUAUAUUGCAUCAUCCUACUACACCUACCACUGAACCAAAGAUACCUUUUGGUGAUUUGUUGAAGAAGCCGUUAUCAUUACCAACUACAUGGCAGGAUGGUCGUUCCAGGAUACCUCAAAAAAUAAUGACAAACGAUACUGCUGGUCACCGUGUUCUAACCACAUCGUUAAUCACAUCGCUUUUGCUUGAAAAUUGUGAUGGUAGGAUGUAUGAUCGAAGGAAAAAGCGAUUUUCUGCUGAAAUCAAGGUAGAAAGAGGUCAUUUAUUGCGAUCCGCAGCAGAUGAUGAUUCGGCCUUGCAACAUUUCAAUGAUAUGCAUAAUGAAAUAAAAAAUUCAACAGCUAGAGACAUUUUAUUUAUGAAAUGUCUCGAAUUCGGUGAUAUUUAUUUACGGGUAUCCACAACAAAGAUUGCUUUAUUGACAGAUUUUGAAGCUUCGUUGUUGAAAGCAGUUAGUGAUAUCGAAAUUCGAUUUCGCUUUCAUCAAUAUUCCGAUUUGUUCAAUUUUGUAAGCCAGCUAAGUGUGGGGGAUCGUGUAGUAGUACAGCUCAAACCUGGAAUCGGUGAAAGGCGAACGAUUGAGAGGUGUUUCAAAUCAGGAUGGGUGGAAUGGUUUGGUGAACCUGUUCUGGAUAGUGGAUUCUUGUUUGGUAUACGUCUUGACGUAAGGAUAUUUUUUGUUUCCGCAGUGAUACGAUAA